GUUGGAAAGGUGCACGAGCAGGUGAUUUAUGGUGUAAUACACAAUAGUUUGGAGAUUUUGCCGAGGCCGCUUCUCUGCUAACAUUAUAACACAGGGACAUAUUUUUAGCAGUUAUAAUUCACCAUGUACUUUGUCGUGGAGCAAUGGAAGCUAAUAAACGUGAAGCCUUCGCAACUUGGUCCGAAUUAUCAGCAGAACAUUGAGGAAAUGCUCCGUGACCAGGUAGAAGGCCAUUGUACAGCAAAGUACGGUUAUGUUGUGUGCGUAAUUCGCAUAGUACAUAACGAAAUUGGACGAGUUCAAGACGGGACUGCUAUGAUUGUUGUAAAUGUAAAGUAUCAGGCCAUUGUAUUUAAACCGUUCAAGGACGAGGUUCUUGACGCUAUAGUAACGGAUGUGAACAAACUUGGCUUCUUUGCUCAAGCUGGGCCCCUCAAGGUAUUUGUCUCGAGAACCUCCAUAGACCCAAACUUCGUCUAUGACAAUGACGCGGCAUAUCCGUGUUACUCUGAUGGAACUAUUAGCAUAAAGCCUCAAUCAGAGGUCAGAAUGAGGAUACAGGGUAUCAGCUACGAGAACUCCAAUAUAUUUGCCGUGGCAACCAUAAACGCUGAUCAUUUGGGCGCAUUUGAAAGUGAUAUUACAAAUUAGACCGACAAACAACUUUAUCGCACAUCUUCUCUAGGAUUCCUCAGGAAUCUUUCGUUUACUUUGGCACAUU